AUGACAGGAUGGAAAACUGAAAUUAAACUGUACCACUCGAACGGAUGCCUCGGCACUGGUCAGAUUUCCAUCAAAAGAGGUAUAUUUCAGGGUGAUUCCUUGUCCCCAAUGCUCUUCUGUAUGUCCCUGAUUUCGCUUACCAGCAUGUUAAAUUUAGAAAAGCUGGGGUACUCAUUAGCGGAUAGUCAGACAAUCAACCAUCUCUUAUACAUGGAUGACCUUAAGUUAUAUGCAAGGGAUAAGAAACAGCUAGACCAGGAGAUCGGAAUAGUAAAAAAAAUCAGCGAUGAUAUCUCGAUGGAGUUCGGACUGGACAAAUGCUCUAGAGUCCUAAUAAAAAAGGGAAAAUUGGAGUCCAGUCCAAUAGCAAACUUUGAUUCCGAAGUACGUGAACUCGACCAGGAUGAGGUCUACAAAUAUCUGAGUGUAGACGAAUGCGAUGGUAUUCGGCACAGGGAGAUGAAGAAGAAACUGCGCAAAGAUACAGUUUUGGAAUUAUUAACUGGUUGGGCUCUGAGCUUCAGCAGAUGGACCAGGAAACUGCUUACAAUCCAUGGAUGCCAUCACCCGAAAGCUGACGUGGAUCGUCUGUACAUGCCCACAAGUAGUGGCGGCCGUGGUCCCAUCGAGCUUGAGAGUGCAUACUAUUGCACAAUUGUGGGCCUCUCCGACUACAUCUGUGAGAGCAAAGACAGAUAUACUUGCUCGGUUAAGAGACACGAGGAGUCCAAGGCGAAAGUGCGUUCGCAAGCAAACGAAAUUAAGAUCAAAUAUUUCGAGCCUGAGUCCGUAAGUCUCCAAAACAGCAAAGGAAGACUAAAAUCAGCUAUUUUCCAGGAAAGACUCGAGAGAGUCCAUGGACAGUUCCUCCGAUGUCUACAAAACAGCUGGACAGAUAAGGAGACAAAUUUUGCAUGGCUGAGAAGCGCUGGACUCAAGGGUGAGACGGAGAGCCUCAUAGUGGCAGCCCAUGAUCAGGCACUUAAUACCCGUUACCACCAGAAAAAGAAAAUUGGCCACAUUAUUGCUGGCUGCACAGUACUAGCACCGACGGAGUUCACGCACCGUCACAACAAGAUCGCUAGUUAUCUACACUGGUCAAUAGUCAAAGAACUUGGCCAGCAUGUGCCUGAGCAUUGGUACGAUCACCAGCCUGCCCCGGUAGUAGAAAGGGAUGAUGUAGUCGUGAUGAGGGAAAAGCGCUGCACCUUAAUCGACGUUGCCGUACCAGCUGACGCAAACAUUGCCAUCAAGGUCGAGAAAUUGUGCAAAUAUAAAGACCUCGAAAUUGAGAUUGCGCGAAUGUGGAAUACAAAGACCAAUGUGGUUCCGGUCGUGGUUGGAGCUCUCUGGCCUCUCAAGAUUGGAUUCGAGAAGUAUCUGGAAGACCUACCGUUUAGAGUUAGCGCCGAGGAGGUGCAAAAGAUCGCACUGUUGGGAACGGCCCACAUCCUACGCAAGGUCUUAUCUAUCGGCCAAUGA